AAGCAGCAUGCUCCCUUGGUCAAACUGCUGGGUGGUUCGUCGGGAAACAACGUCGAUAAGCAGAGCGAAUGUGAAAAACUGGGUUUUGUUUGGGGAAAACUUGCGGGUGAUGGCAGUGGUCCGAUGGUUCUACCGGGUUGCGCAUUUUAUUUGAAACUGACAGCCGUGGGAGAAAUUGUGGACUGUGGGUGCCACUGCGCCGUGCUUUGCAAAGUGGAAGAGAUGUUUACGGACAGUGACGAGGAAUAUGUUUCCACAGCGCGAUUACGAGAACUCGGCAUUAUCACUCCACAGGGCCGAGUUGCAGAGUAG